ACGCCUGAUGAGGAAAUGAGAGCAUAGAGCUGAUGUGCAUCCUGUUCAGAGGGACAACAGACAGAUACAGACUCCAGACACAGUGAGGACACACAGACGCUUCACUGUAGAGACUCUGGUCAGCUGGGUGAGGAUGAAGAUGAAGAGCACGCAGCUUUUUGUUCCUAUGAUGAUGGUUAUCAUGAUAACUAUUGUUCCAAAAACAACUACCAUCACUACAAGUUGGACUACCACCACUCCAAGACCGACUACCACCACUCCAAGACCGACUACCACCACUCCAAAACCGACUACCACCACUCCAAGACCGACUACCACCACUCGAAAAUGGACUACCACCACUCGAAGAUGGACUACCACCACUCAAUGGACAACAGGUCAUCCUGCAGUAAAUUUAAAUGGGAAGAUGGUCACUUUGUCUUAUAAUGGAGGAGGGAUAUCCUUCUAUCCCCCAAAUUAUUCUCCUCAGCCUUCUGCCUGGCCCUCCACUCCUUCCUACACCACCACCUACCCUUUCUCAACCACUCCGCCUUCGACCAGAGGUUUGUCCAUGUGUCUGCGUUACCUCUCUGACUACAUGCCAACCAGUUACCCCCCAACCUUCAUAGUCAGUCCACGCAGCAGUCACCCUCUGACUCUGCGAUUCAGAACGACUUCAUAUGAAGUGUCCUUUGAUAGGUACGGUUACACCAACCUGUACUUGUCACCCCGCAUAAAACUCCUGCCAGGAGUUGCACCGGACAUCUGGACCAGAGUCUGCCUCACCAUAGACUCCAUGAAGAAUGUGGCCCAGAUGUUCAGCGGCUCCUACAUGAGCAUCAGGAAGAUGCUGAAUGAUCGGUACUCAUGGACAAGUGAGCCAGUGAUCGCGGUUUCAGGUUUUGAUGGUCAGGUCACUGACGUCCAGAUGUGGGAUUAUCCUCUGAGCUACAGAGAAGUCACUGACUACAUGAACGGUGGCGUCUACAGGCUGUACCGCGGCUCCGUCCUCAGCUGGUCCUACAUCAACUACUCUCUCAGUGGAAAUGUGCUAUUGGAGGACGUCUAUGAGAUCCAGGCGAAACAGCCAGUGAGCAGGAGGGGGAGAGGGCGUCGGCCGAAGGGAGAGAACAAGACCAGGAGGGUUUUCAAUGUGGGGGAAAGUAAAAGCAGAGAGCGACAGCAGCUUUAAUGAAACAUACAGGAGCAUGUGCAGGAAAAUCCUCAUUUAAUCAUUUAAUGAUCCAAAACUCAACUUGAAUCAGCAAACAACAACUCAUCAACAAGUAAUAAUUAAUAUGAAAUAUAAUUAAAACGUUAUUGAUUUGAUAAAAGUAUGAUUAUUUUUUACAAGACAAACUAGUCUCACUUUAACACUUUAAGCUAAUUAAAGCUAAUUUUUACAAGCACCUUUGACUUUUUAUUGUUCUCUGUGUAUUUGUUUUAAUUUUUAUAUUGUUAAAAAAAACAAUAAAGAGACGGCUCACAGAAUUUUGUUAUUGUUUGUCAGAUUUAUGUAACAUGCAGCUUGGACAGAGAGGUAUUAUUAAAAUUUCUGAUCUGUUCUGAUAAUGUAUGUAUAAUUACUGUAUGUAUUAGAAACAGACCAUCUUACAGGCCAUGGGCGGACAUCUAACUUGUAUCAAUUAAUUAUGGAUAAAGCAAAAUAAUCCUCAAUCAGCAAAAGAUUAUUUAAUCCAACAAUCUAAAUAUUAACAUCUCAGAAAGAGAUUGAGAGCUGAUAUACUAUGACACCCAAUAUCAGACUAUCAAUACUAGAAACUAGCUGAUCAAAGACUUUUCUUUGGAAGCCAAGACGAUUUAAGAGAAUAAGAGAACACACUGAAAUUUAAGCUCUCUCUUUAAUGACAUAUAAUAACCACCAUGGUCAAAUUAAUGUCAGCUGUUACCAUCACUUCAGCAAAACAGGAAACAAUUUUUGAAAAUACAAUCAAGUACAGUGGACUCACCAGAACCUAAAAAAAAAAAAAAAAA